CCAAACCGUUCAAAACUUGAAAUCAAUUAACAGUGACUGGGCGACUAAUGAAGAAAGCUCUACAAUGGCGGCAGAACCCUCCCUCUGGUAAAUUACCCACCUCGCCAAAAAGAAAUAUGAAGAGCCGGCUCCGAAAGACGUAGAUUCAGACGGCGCGCAUGGCUUGGUUUCAGACAAUUCCAGAUUCUGAUCAGAGCAUUUCCGAUGAGGAAGAACCGGACCCAAAUCGCGCGAACAAAUCCGAUACUGGACAGAAAAAGGAAUUCUUACAAAUUUCAUCACGGCUAGAAUUGCUCAAAGGUGCAGGUGCGAGUGCGAAUGCCAAGGACUGCAAGUUGGAAGAUGAAGUUAGCUCUGACGCUGAGGUGAACAAUGGGGUGACAAAAGUUUCUGUUAGUCAUGGUGCUAUAGAGUUGCGAAAAGGGGAUGUUCAUAGUUUCUGGAGUGAUAAACAAGAUGAGUUGUUCUCGUGGUCUGCUGCAAGUAAGGAAGCUGAGGCGCUCAUCCGUCUGAACGAAAAAACUUCUUGCUCAUCGUCACGGUCUGGUUACUCCGAUGUGAAAAACUCGUCCAAAGGAGCUAAAGGCAGAGGAAAACCAAAAUUUUCAUUCCGUUUUCCGUCACACAAGGAUGGAACAUCAUCACAUUCUACAUCUAAGAAUGACAGUGUGGUGUCAUUCAAGGUUCAAGAACUUCCUGAGUGGUUAGAUGCAAUUGAGCCUCGAAAUGAAGAUCAUUCAGAUGUUGAACCUAUUGAGGAUAUUCAGCAGGAAGACGAAUUGGAGAUUGUGCUUAGAAAUGAAGAACAUUCAAAUGUUGAACUUCUUGAGGAUAUUUCUGGGGAGGAGGAGAGUGCAUUAGAGGUUAUGCCUUUGGAAACCAAGGCUUUUGGGCAUGGAUGUAUGGGGCAAUCAAUGGCUGAGCUUCUAGAUGGUCUUCAAGAUAAGGCAACUAUUUUGAGAGGACAUUCUAGAAAGUAUGCUAGAAAAAGACGUAAAAGGGAGGAGCCCAUUGUGAAGUAUGAAUCUCCUCUGGAAGAUAGAAUUAUUGACAGUGAAAGCUCUCCCGAGCGCUUGGGUCAUGAAUUGUCUAGUGAUAACAAGAUUGAUGAUCAAAGUUUGAAGCUUGUUAAUCCAGAUAUGAAGAGGCAGACAUUGGUAGAUCGAUUUCAGGAAGCUAUGAGUGACAGAGUCAUUGUUGCAGUGCCCAAAACUAUGAAGAGCGGACUGUUUGGGAAACUGCAGCGAGUGCUGCAGAGUGAGAGAGAUAGUGAUAUGAAUUUCUUGAAGAAGAUCCAGGAGGGACCAAGUGAAAGUAAUGAACCAAACUGCAUGGAUGUGAAAAUUCUUUCUAAAUAUCUGGAUGCAAAGCUUACAGUGUGUCACUGCUCCUUCGGCAAUAACUCAGAGAAUCUCUCAUGGCCAGAGAUCCGUGAAGAAAUGGCUGAUGAAAGACCAGAAAGGAUUAUUAUUUUCAAUCCACGAGUUUGCAAUGAUAUUGACUUAGAUAUUGGGAAAAUGAUUCGUCUUCACGCUCCAUGGAAGGAGAUUUGUGUGGGCACUGAUCAAAACAUAAUCCUAUCGACAUAUUUCUCCGACAUUUCAUUGUAAAGUUCAUGUUUAUCUAGGACCUCAAUUGUCACGAUGCAUAGCAGAACUCCUACCCUUCUAUUAGAUAUGGUAACAAACCGGCCUUACAGAGGUGGUCGAGUUGAAGUAUUAGUUUAAGGUUGCAUAUCCCAUUCAUGAUGAGACCUUGAGCUGCAAAAGGAACGACAUCCAUCAGCCUGAGCACCACCACAGCCAUCCAAAAUGGUGCUGCCAGAAGAAGAAUGAAUUUUGUCUUCUGAUGAACGCUGCUGUUGUCUUCUGGGGGCAGAGAUGUCCGAGGCAAGCAGGUUCAGGUGCUUGCUAUGAAGACAGGGUUUAAGGAAUUUACUUGGCAACAGAUGAAUGAUACGUUGUUUUAGAUAAUUGAGUGGUUCAGACAUAGACUGAUAGACCCUGAAUCACAGUCAGUUAUAUGGUCUACAUUUUAGAAAACUAGAUGUAGACGUCUGAAAAUGAUAACUAUGUUCUAUUGAUUGACUGGAUUCCACAUUUCCACUCUCAACACAUUUGAA